UUUCUCUUUUGAAUAAUGUUUUUAGGUUUAGAAAACAACUACCGGUAAAUACGGUCGUUGAAAUCCUGUCCUCUCUUUGACUCUCUCUCGCGACUCACCCGCGACGGAGGCGGCGUCCGGCGGCCGACUCCGCGACCCGGCAUCGGCACGACUCCGGUAGCGGCGGCGCGGCGAGGUCCCUCUGCGUCCGUACCACGCGCCGACGCAAUCCUCCACUCGGCCUCGAGAUCUCAAGAUGCGGCUGGUCGGGCUGACGGGCGGGAUCGCCUCAGGGAAGAGCACCGUCUCCGGCCUCUUCAAGUCCGCCGGCGUCCCGGUGGUCGACGCCGACGUCGUGGCUCGGAAUGUAGUGCAGAAAGGUACUGGAGGUUGGAAGAAGAUUGUAAAAGCUUUUGGAAAUGGCAUUCUGUUGGAAAAUGGAGAAAUUGACAGAGCUCAAUUGGGUCAGAUUGUUUUCUCUGACCCAGAAAAACGCAAGCUUCUAAACCGUCUUCUGGCCCCACACAUUUCAUGCGGUAUAUUCUGGGAGAUACUAAAACUGUGGGUGAAGGGAUGCCUGGUUAUCGUUGUCGACAUCCCGCUCCUGUUUGAGACAAAGAUGGACCGAUGGACGGACCCCGUGGUUGUCGUAUGGGUGGAUCCCAAAACACAGAUCGAGAGGCUCAUGUCAAGAGACGGGUGCGGCCAGGAACAGGCUCAGAGCAGGAUCGACGCACAGCUUGCGCUGGACUGGAAGAAAUCCGAAGCCGACAUAGUGAUCGACAACUCCGGCUCGCUGGACGACACGAAAGAGCAGUUCCAGGAAGUGCUGAAGCAGGUGUCUGGUCCCUUGACAUGGAAGGAGAGCAUGAUGUCCAGGGAUGGCCUUCUCUCUAUCGUCGUGUGCACGGCGGCAGGGGUUCUACUUGCUCAGAAGAAUCUGCUGUGACCUUUUCAUGCUUAGGAAGUUAAGGCAACUAGGACUGAACUAAGAUUGAUUGGUUAAAAAUUUCGAAGUGUCGGUGCAGAGCACUAGGCGAGCACGAUUACUGUUCUGUUAUGUCUGGAGUUAUCAUACCACAAGUGCUGAAUUUCGAGUGAAAUAAAAUUUGUACUGCUUGCUUGUGCUGUC